AUGGGCAUGUACUUCUUAUACGGUUUGCUUUUUGCAUACAUUGGGCUGCCUGGACUCUUACUUGGAGAUUUAGCUUUCCGAUGCCCAAGCUGCACAGCAGAGGAUAUGAUGGCAUGCAGCAAAGUCGAUCCACUAUGUGCAGAGAUUGUGAGGGAGCCAGGUUGCGGCUGCUGUCCGGUGUGUGCCCGGCAGGUGGGAGAUCUCUGUGGGGUUUAUCUGCCGAGGUGCUCCACCGGUCUGAGGUGCUACCCAAUUAUGGAUGCUGACUUCCCUUUACAGCAGCUCAUUCAGGGUUUGGGACGAUGUGGACAAAGAAUAGAUCUGGAUGUCUGGGAACGUUUGAACCCGCCGGGGUAUGAGGUGCAUGGGACUGAAAAUCCACUCACCGGGAGACCGCCUCUAAACCCAUGGAUUUGGCAGAAGACUGCCCUCGAACAACACCUUCAGGACCGUAGAACAAGGAUGAAGAUAAAUCAGAGAGUAUCUCAGAGUGCCUGUCAACAGGAGUUGGACAGGGUCUUAGAGGAGAUUGCUAAAAUGACUUCAGAGGAUAACAGAGGCCCACUGGAGAACCUGUAUGAGCUCAAGUUUCCAAACUGUGACAAACAUGGACUGUAUAACCUCAAGCAGUGCAACAUGUCCACCCACGGCCAGCGGGGAGAAUGCUGGUGUGUUGACCCCUUAACAGGAGUCCAGAUACCAGAGACACCUAAAGUCAGAGGGGAUCCCAACUGUAACCAGUUUCAGGAGGUGCACAGAGCGAUGCCCACUGCAGAAGCAUCUCACUAG